AUGACUCGGUGUGGGCAGGAGCCGUCUACUUCGUCAGCACUACAGCGCUGGAAUCUUUCUGGUGAUGCAGCCUCCACGUCAAAUUCCCCUGUGAUGGAAGCACAGCAAACAUAUUUUGGCUACAACAUCGUCUACGCACCUUGGAUGAAGCGCCCAUAUCGUCUGUCCAUGGAGGGUCUUCACGAGGAAUUGAUGGAUUGUUGGCGAUGGUUGCGACCUACGGAGAUAGAGUACCGAGCUCGCUGUAACGUCUUUGACAGGGUGGCCAAUAUGAUCAAGAGACGAUGGGAUGGCCUUGCCGGUUUACGUGUCUCUAAGUUUGGAAGUCUACAGACCCGGCUAUUCCUUAUUAAUUCCGAUAUCGACGUACUUGUGGAAUAUGACCAAGAGAGUGAUGGCCCUCCGUGUAUCUUGCAGGACACGGCAAAACUCUUCCAAGACGAUGACAGUUUUUUGGACGUCAUGACCCUGGUUGAUACUCCAGUUCCAGUCAUCAAGGUACAAGACGGGGACACCAGAAUCAGCAUCGACAUUUCGUUCAACACACGACAAGGCGUCAAGGCGGCCAACUACAUCGAGGAGCUGAAGAAGGAGUUCCCCGUGCUCGAGCCAUUGUUAUUCGUGCUCAAGCAGUUCCUCAGUGAGAGGAGGCUCAACCUGGCCUACACCGGCGGACUUUCGUCAUACGGGCUGAUUUUGUUGCUGCAGCAAUUUUUGCAGACAAACUAUGAUGACCUUCGUGGGCUACCCGCUGAGGAUCAAUCCAUCAAUCUCGGAUUGCUACUCAUGCAUUUUCUGGAGAUCUUUGGGCAAGAAUUCAACUACACGGACGUGGGCAUUCGGGUGAAAGAUGCGUGCUAUGUGCGUAAGGAAGGAGACAUGAGGCGAGCGGGCUAUCUGUACUUGGAAGAUCCGCUAUUGCCAGAAAAUGAUGUUUGCCGAUCUUCUUACAACAUUCUCGUGGUUCGCGCUGCCUUCGAACGGGCGCUCAUCAUCCUCAAGUCGAUCGUUGUGCCUGAGCUAGUCAACAAAACCGCAUGGGGAAAACACUACACGGGAUCGAUGAUGGGCGGACUACUGACCAUUUCACAGUCGCAGUAUACGUAUCGCCUCUGGCUGAAGGGAUACACCUUUAAACAUUCGGACAUUGACAAGCUUGAAGAGCCGCAAGUCGAUCCAGCUUUCGUCUUGGUGUCACCAACAAAAAAGGAUUAUUUGAAGAGACUUGCCGAUAACAUGCGCGUGUCCAGACGUCUGGCCUUUUCCGCUCCCAAAAAGAUUGAGAAGCCGCCAACGGAAAAUGAGAAAGAAACAGCUGAAGCCCUUUCUACCGCCAAUACGGAAACCCAGCGUUCGGCCAACGAAGAUCCAGAUCCGAAAGCAGCGGCCAUUCUAGCCGAAUCAGAGGAAUCCGGCCGAGCAGGAGGUUUUUCACGCGCCUCAGAUGGUACCGCUAACUCCGAAGAGGUCGAAGAGGGCUUCUCGCUUGUCACCAGCAAAAAGAAGCUAAAACCAAAACAAGAAACCGGCCCAGGAAUAAACGGAUACUCCGGCAAGAAAGCAUUCCCCUUCAAGGAUGCCCGU